UUCAGGUCAGAGCGGCGCGCGCUCUUUGUCCGGUUUGUGGAGUUUUAAUGAAGUUUUUCUCCCGUCAGUCUUUCGUUUGACUCGCUCGCGCCGCGCUGCGGAGGAUGAAGAUGACGGCCGCGUUGUGGAUGAAGGUCUUUUCUUUAGUUCUGGCCCUCAGUGAACGCUCUGCGUUCUCCCAGAGUGCCCGGAUGGAUGGAGAACGCGCUGUUUACCCAAAUUCGGACUCCAGUCUGGACAUUAACUCCAGAUCAGACGCCGCCGCUUCUCUCGCCUUCGUCUUUGACGUCACCGGCUCCAUGUAUGAUGACCUCCAGCAGGUGAUCGAAGGAGCCUCCAGAAUUCUGGAGAAGACACUGAACCGCAGAACCAGAACCAUCGAGAACUUCGUUCUGGUGCCUUUUCACGACCCAGAUAUUGGACCAGUGUCCAUCACUACUGACCCCAGAAAAUUUCAGAAGGACCUGCAGGAACUUUUUGUCCAGGGUGGAGGAGACUGUCCAGAGAUGAGCAUUGGUGCCAUAAAGAAAGCCCUGGAACUCUCUCUGCCUGGAUCCUUCAUCUAUGUCUUCACAGAUGCUCGAGCAAAAGAUUAUCGGUUAAAACAAGAUGUUCUACAGCUGGUGCAGCUCCGCCAGUCUCAGGUUGUGUUUGUGCUGACGGGCGAUUGUGGAGAUCGUUCUCAUCCAGGUUACAGAGCGUAUGAGGAAAUCGCUGCCACAAGCUCUGGUCAGAUCUUUCACUUGGACAAACACCAGGUCAACGAGGUUCUGAAAUGGGUUGAGGAAACCGUCCAGGCCAUGAAGGUCCACCUGCUCUCAUCUGACCAUGAGACUGACCAAGAAAGCAAGUGGGAGGUGCCCUUUGACCCCAGCCUCAAAGAGAUAACCGUGUCCCUGAGUGGUCCAGCUCCACGUAUUGAGCUCAGAGACCCGUUUGGUCGGACUGUUGGAGAGAGGCAGGGCUUGACGGAACUGCUGAACAUUCCAAACUCUGCUAAAGUGGUCAGCCUGAAGAACCCUCGUCCUGGCCUGUGGACGCUAAAGGUCGCCUGUAGUGGACGCCACACUCUCAGAGUGACCGGAGUGAGUAAUCUGGACUUCAGGGCAGGAUUCUCCAGCAUCCCGGUCACAGAGUUCAUUAGGACCAGGGAAAGGCCCAUCAAAGGUGUUCCAGCGCAUGUGCUGCUGAAGUGCUCUGGCCUGAAGCCCCCUGGUGUGGUCAAUAGUAUGGAGUUGGUGUCCACAGUGGGACGUUCACUGCGCUAUAUUCCAGUGCCUUUACCUCCAGACGGAGGAGCAGGUGGACUCUGGAAUGUUCCAGAGUUUCGGACACCCUCUCAGGGCUUCUUCCUCAAAGUGCUGGGCAAAGAUGGAGACGGCUACGACUUCCAGAGACUCUCCAGUGUGUCUUACACCAACAUUAACCCAGGAGCUCCCGUGGUGACCGUUCCUGCAGCAGUUAAGAUUUUGUCCAUGCGGUCUGCUCUGAUUGACUGUUCUGUAGAGAGUGACCUGCCCUUUAAACUGACCUUCACCAAAGAUGGAUUGGUGAUAGGACAGGAGAAGAGCUAUGAGUCUUCUGCUAGAGCAUCAUGGGAGAUUUCUCAUGCUUCACUGAAGGACGAGGGUAUAUAUGAGUGUGUGGCUCGCAGUGUUGCUGGAGUCGGACGAGCUCUCACACACCUCUCUGUUACAGAGGCCCCACUUGUGGUUGUGUUUCCCCACACUCUGAGCUUCACUCUGGGGGAACAGAUCCGCCUCUCCUGCUCUGCCUCUGGAUCUCCCUCUCCCAAAGUCCACUGGAGUCAUGACAACAUGCAGCUCACCGAUCAUCACAGAAUGACCAUCGCUCAGUCCGGCACACUGACCAUCAGAGAGGCUGUACCAGAGGAUGCUGGGAACUACACAUGUUCAGCCAGCAAUGAGGCUGGCACAGCUUCCCAAUCCACUACUCUCAGCUAUGCAGAGCCACCCAGUAUACAUGCUGUGCAGCAGGUGGUGACGGCUGUAGUCGGAGGUGAUGCAGUUCUGGAGUGCAGAGUCACAGGCAUCCCGGAUCCACUGGUCAAAUGGAGAAAAGGACUGCUGGAGUUGGGGACAAUACAGUUUCCUGCGUGGCAGAUUAACCGUGGAGUACUGCACAUUCCGAGAGCUCAGGAACCUGACGCUGGAGAGUACGUCUGUGAGGCGUCCAACCAGGCCGGGUCAUCUUCAGCCAUGGUUACACUGCAGGUGGGAGCUGCUCCUGUUUUCUCCAAGACUCCUGUGGAUGUGAGUGUUAAUGUGGGUGAUAAUGUUACCCUGCCAUGUUCAGCUCAUGGAUCCCCCCCUUUGACUGUUGCCUGGCGCCGGAUGGAUGGACGCCAGAUCUCCAACCAGACAUCUGACCCUGUGACCUCACUGCCCUCUGCACCCCUUCACAUCCACAGUGUUUGGGUGGAUGAUGAAGGUGUUUAUGUAUGUGAGGCCAAGAAUCAGUUUGGUUCUGUGAAGGUCAGCGCCAGACUGAGCAUCACCGGCUUAGCACCACCUGUGUUGGCUCAGGGUUCCUCUGAGGUCUCAGCUGUCCGUGGUGAGUCCUUCACUAUUCCUUGCACGCUGCUGAAUGGGAUUCCUCUGCCUGAAUGGAUCUGGACUCAUAAUGGACGGCAGAUUCAGGCGGGCGGCAGAGCAUUCCUCAGAAGUGAUGGCAGCCUGCACAUGGACAGAGCCACCCUCGAGGAUGCUGGGAAAUAUGUGUGCACAGCUGUGAAUGUGGCUGGAACAGCCAGUUUAUCAGUAAUCCUGCACAUUCACGUGCCUCCUGAGAUCAGUGCUGGUCCUCUGCAGUUUGAGGCCAGUGAGGGUGUUCCCAUCACUCUACCGUGUGAAGCUUCUGGAAUCCCGAAACCCACCAUCAGCUGGUCUAAGGGUGAAGAGCGCCUCCCUGUGGCCACAGUGGUUGCUCAGAGUGAUGGAAGCAUCUACAUCUCCAACCCAACUGCAGAACACGCAGGACGCUAUACAUGCAUGACUAGCAGUGAAGUGGGCUUUGCCAGCAGAGAAGUUCUGCUGAGCGUUAACACCAGGCCCAGGAUCCGUGGUGUAGAUGAGAGCACACAGAUGGUUAAGGUGGUGGCAGAAGUGGGGUCAGAGGUCAUCCUGCCAUGUGAAGUUGAAGGUAGCCCCGCCCCUGUGGUGUCCUGGAGUAGAGAUGGACAGCCCAUCCCUCCAGUUACAGCCUGGUUUGCUGUGCUGCCCUCUGGUUCUCUGAAGAUUAUGGAGGUCCAGCUGAUGGACAGUAAACUUUACACCUGCUCUGCCUCUAAUCCAGCUGGAAACAUCUCACUCACCUACAGUUUACACGUUCAUGCUAUGCCGAAGAUCCAGGCAAUGCCAAGUUCUCUGAAGUCUGUGAUUGGCCAGGCGGUGGCGCUGCAGUGCUUAGUUCAGGGUGAACCACCCCCUCAAAUCAGCUGGUUCCAUAAUGGCCAUCCAAUCAGCAGCGAGAGAACCUUCACCAUCAGAACAGUCCAACAUUCGGACAGUGGAACCUACAACUGUGUCGCAAACAACAGUGCCGGACAGGACAGUGUACACACAUACCUCCAUGUGUUAGAGGCUCCAUUCUUUAAAGCUGGUGGAGAUCUGGUCAUUGAGACAGUGGCUAACAGCAGGGUGGUAAUUCCCUGUCCUGCAGAAGGCUCUCCUCCUCCCAGUGUGCGCUGGUUCAAAAAUGGCCUAGAGGUAAAUAUGGACCAAUCAGAGCAUGGCGUGUCUCAGUUUCAGAACGGCUCUCUGCUGAUUGGUUCAGCAUCUGCCAGCCAAAGCGGAGACUACCGGUGUGUAGCCGUGAAUGAGGCGGGCUCUGCGGAAAGGAAAACUCGGCUAAAAGUAAACGUUCCUCCAGUGAUUUUGGGAGACAAGAUCACUAACCUGACAGUGACCCUCAAACACCCUCUGACCCUCAGCUGUGAUGCCCAUGGUGUCCCCCUCCCCUCCAUCACAUGGACUAAAGAUGGCAGACCUGUCCAUGAAUUUUCUGGAGUGUUUCUGCACAAUGGGAACCGACUGCUGAAGAUCUCCCGAAUUCAGAAUGAGCAUUCUGGCCUUUUCUCCUGUUCUGCCCACAGCACUGCCGGACAGGCCAGCAGGGUCUUCUACGUGGGGGUGCAGGCUCCACCAGUAAUUUCAGGUGUGUCUGGAGUGCAGGAGCUGAGUGUGUUACUGGGUCAGCAGGUGGAGAUGGAGUGUCGUGUUACAGGCCAUCCGGUACCAACAGUUGAGUGGAGUCUCAAUGGAGAGGUUUUGUCCCGUAACGGAGACACUCUUGUGGAGUUCGCUGAUCAGGGGCAGGUGUUGAAGCUGAAGUCGGUGAGGUUGAGGGAUCAGGGUGUGUUUGAGUGCUCAGCCAGAAACAGCGCAGGAACACACUCACGGCAAUUCAGGCUGACUGUCCAGGUACCACCCACCAUCCGCAGGUCCAGUGACAGCUCUGAGGUAACUGCAGUUUUGGGAUCCUCCACUGUUCUCCUGUGUGAAGCAGAAGGGAAUCCUAAUCCCAGCAUCACCUGGCUGAAGGACGGCAGGCCCAUCAUGUCCAGCCCACAGCUCACCUACUCGCAGGGCAGACGCACAUUGCGAGUGGGGGCGACGCGCAGUGAGGAUGCAGGAACGUACACCUGCAGGGCCUCUAGUCCUGCAGGGACGGCGCUCGCUCACUACACACUCAGCAUUCUGGUUCCUCCACAGAUCGAAGGCGCCUCAACGUCUCUGAGUUUUGAAAGCGGUGAGCACAAAGUGCGAAUUAAUGAGACGUUAACUUUAUCCUGCCUGGCCAAAGGAUUUCCAGAACCUGCCAUUCAGUGGUUUAAAGAUGGACAGGUGCUGGAAGUUUCGCCUGCUGCAGGCCACCUGCUGCAGAUUGAGAGAGUUUCUCUUUCCGACACGGGGCGAUACACCUGUGUUGCUUCAAACUCUGCUGGAGAGGACCGGAGGGACUUCCACAUCACUGUUCAGGUUCCUCCCGUCUUCAGUCGAAUAAAUCACAGCACCUCUGGAUGGGCACAAGGGGAGAGAGAUGACCAGGAAGAGUGGAGAGGAAAAGAUGAAGGGUUAACCGAGAAGCGAGAGGUGGUUUUGGGGCGUCCAGUCAGUCUGUCGUGUGAAAGUAACGCCAUCCCACCGCCCCGCCUCCACUGGUACAGAAAUGGCAGAAAGCUGGGUAGCGCUGAUGGAGCUGUGCUUCUGGCAGGUGGGCAGGUCCUACAGAUCCCCCGAGCUCAGCUGGAGGAUGGCGGGAGAUACACAUGCCAGGCAGUGAACGAGGCAGGAGAAGACCAGAUGCACUUUGACCUGGAAGUACUCAUCCCUCCUCGGAUUUCGGACCAGUCAGAGGAGUUUAUGGAGGAAGUGUCUGCUGUGGUGAACUCCACUGUGUUCCUGCGCUGCCAUGUUAGAGGAACGCCCCCCCCUUCCGUGUCCUGGCUGAAGGACGGCCUGCUGCUCCACAGCAACACACACUACCACUUCCAGGAGAACGGCGGUGUGCUGGAGAUUGUAGAUGUGCAGGUGUCGGACAUGGCUGGAUACUUGUGUGUGGCAGAGAAUAAAGUUGGAGCUGUGCAGAAACUCUACAGUCUGUCAGUACAUGUCCCUCCAGGGAUUGUGGGUGAGCGUGAAGAGGCAGUGAGUGUUGUGGAAGGUCACAUGGUCUCCCUCCUGUGUGACGUACAAGCAUAUCCAGCAGCUGAGAUCACCUGGACCAGAGAUGGAGAGGUGCUGCAGUUCAGUACAGGCGCUCACGUCCUGCCAGGUGGGCAGAUGCUGCAGCUUCCCAGGGCUCAGCAGCAGGACGCUGGUCAGUACGUCUGCACGGCGACCAACUCCGCUGGACAGGACCAGAAGAGCAUCCUUCUGAGCGUUUAUGUUCCCCCCAGCCUGCUCCCUCACUCAGGAUCAGAGGUCAUGACCCCUCUGCUGGGGUCAGCGGUUACUCUGCACUGUGAGGCGCAGGGGGUACCUGAGCCUGAGGUCACAUGGUACCAUAAUGGACAGCAGCUGACCGCUGAAGGUGGAUUGCUGUUAAACCAGCAGCAGCUGAAGAUAGCAGGAGUUCAGGUGGCCGAUGGUGGAAUUUACACCUGCAGAGUGUCCAAUCCUGCUGGGCAGCUGGAACGCACCUUCAGACUGACUGUUCAUGUUCCUCCAGUGGUUGUAGGACCUCUCCACGAGACACUCGCACACACGCUGGGCUCAAGGGUCCGACUGGUUUGUGAUGUCACUGGGGUCCCAACACCCGCAGUCAGCUGGCUGAAGGAUGGCACUGCUAUUGGUGUGGGGGUUGGUGUGCUGGAGUUUGGACCUCUGGAACUUUCUCACGCUGGAACUUACACCUGUGUGGCCCGAAACAGUGAAGGACAAUCAGAGAAAAAUUUCUCACUGACCGUUCAUGUGUCCCCCACCGUUGUGGAUGUAGGUCCUGCUGAGGUCAGUGGUUUUUUGGGGGAAAGUCUGAGUUUAGAGUGUCGAGCAGAGGGCAGCCCCGCCCCCCACCUCCGCUGGUUCAGGAACGGAGCAGAACUGGACUCCACCCACUCUGAGCACAUAGACGUCUCUCCGGACGGCCACAGUCUAACCGUCCGAAACCUGCGAGCGGACGACUCCGGAACGUUCUCCUGUUUGGCCGUCAGUCCUGCUGGUCAGGACAGCCGGAUCUACACUGUGUUUGUUCUGGUGCCCCCUGCUAUACUUGGUGACGGUGAUGUCCAGAUUGAACCAGUAGAGGGCAGUGUGGUCACACUGGAAUGCAAGGUCACAGGAACUCCGCCCCCACAAGUCAGCUGGUUCAGAGAUGGCCAACCCCUGCUGCUGACCCCACGGACACACCUACUGCCCACACACACUGUGCUCAGGAUCUCCCGUGUCUCUCUCUCCGACUCUGGGCUGUAUGUGUGUGUUGCACAGAGCAGAGCUGGUACUGCAGAGCGGAGAUUUCAACUCCAGGUUCCAGCACCCCCCACUGUGGAUCGGACGGAGCCCACUGAGCAGGUCAGUGUGAUUUUGGGCUCAGUGGUCACUCUGAGCUGUGAAGCCCACGGAGUGCCUCCCCCCACACUGACCUGGCUAAAGGAUGGUCGGCCACUUUUGUUCAAUCACAACCAGCUGCCAGACGGCCAGGAAACACACUUCCAGCUGCCGGCCGUGAGUCGCUCGGACUCUGGCCUUUACAGCUGCCUGGCCAGCAACCCAGCGGGCAGCACCACCAAAGCCUUCAACCUCACUGUGCUAGAGCCUCCUAGACUGGUGGGCACACUGGGGACAGAGCAGAAGCUGGUGGCAGUAGAUGGCGUUCUGGAGCUGGAAUGCAUUGCUGAAGGCAUCCCACCCCCCACUCUGAGCUGGCUGAAGGAUGGACGCCCCCUGGAGGACAGUACUGCUUUGGUGGAGCGAAAUGGACAGCUUCUCAAAAUCAACAAAGCGCAGGUUGAGGAUGCAGGUGUGUACACCUGUUUGGCCAGUAGUCCGGCUGGUGAGGAUGGACGAAGCCACUGGGUGCGCAUCCAGCUUCCGCCCACGCUUCUUGGCUCGAGUGACAUCAGAACUGUGCCAGUUAGAGGUCAGGUGACCCUGCGGUGUCAGACAGAUGGUGACCCCUCAACAGAAAUUGAGUGGUACAAAGACGAUGUUGAGCUGCAGUUUGGAAGCCGCUUUCAGAGCAUUGCAGGCGGUCAGUAUCUGGAGAUUGAAGAUGUCAGGCCGCAGGACAGUGGCCAGUACAGCUGUGUGGUGUCCAACAUUGCUGGCAGCACCAGUCUUCAGUUUGUUGUGGAGGUUCUCUUGCCGCCAGUCAUCCGAGAGGGCGGCUCAUUGAUCACAGCGCAUGUCAGUCAGAACGUGGUUCUGCCGUGUGAGGUGGAAGGACAGACUGCCCCGGCAGUGCUGUGGAGGAAAGAUGGAGGUCCAGUUCCUGUCAGCAAUGGCAGGUUCAGCGAGCUGCCAGAGGGGUCACUGCAGAUCCAGUCGGUGCAGCUGGUUGAUGCUGGCCGUUAUUACUGCAGCGUUUCCAGCCCGGCGGGCUCAGCUCAGCGCAGCAUGGAACUCAGAGUCUACGUUGGGCCCACAAUCGGUCCUGGCCCCUUGAACCUAACCCUGACCACAGGUUUGAGAGCAGUGUUAAGUUGUGAGAACACAGGUAUACCUGCUCCACAGGUGACCUGGAAGAGAAAUGGAUCCCCCAUCAACAUCCAGUCUGGAGCUUACAGGUUAAUGUCCUCAGGGUCUCUGGUAAUCAUCUCUCCGUCUCAUGAGGAUGAGGGUUAUUUUGAGUGUAUAGUGACCAAUGAGGUUGGAGAAGAACGAAGGAUCAUAGAGGUCAUUCUACAAGUUCCACCUUCCAUUGAAGAUGAUGUCACCACUGUUACAGCCAUUAAAAUGUCCCCUGUGGUGCUGCCUUGUCACGCCACAGGAAGUCCAGAGCCAACCAUCAGCUGGACCAAGAGUGGGGCACAGCUGGGCACUCGAGGGGGCAGUUACAGGAUCCUGCCCACAGGUGUGCUGGAGGUUCUGUCUGCCAGCCUGAGCCACGCUGGGAGAUACACCUGCACCGCCCGAAACCCGGUGGGAGUGGCCCACAAACACAUCACCCUCGCUGUGCACGAACCUCCUGAGAUCAGGCCAAUGGUGGAUGAAGUGCAGGUAGUCCUUCAUCAGGGGGCCGUUCUGCCCUGUGAAGUCCACGGCUUCCCCAGACCCACCGUCACCUGGCAGAGAGAGGGUGUUCCCAUAGCAACAGGUAACAGACUAGCAGUGCUGUCCAGCGGAGCUCUGAAAUUCUCUCAGGUCACGCUGGGAGACGGUGGCACGUACCAGUGCCUGGCACAGAAUGCAGUGGGUACAGCUGUUGGCAGAACACGUCUCGUCCUUCAAGUGCCUCCGGUGCUCUCUGUGCCACGGCAAGAGUAUGUGGCAGUGAUUGGCCAGUCAGUCAAUCUAGAGUGCGUGGCAGACGGGCAACCCAGGCCGGAGGUAGUGUGGCACAGAGGGCGACGGCCUGUGGUGGAAGGAACCCACUUGCAGCUCUUCUCUAAUGGAACCUUAUACAUACCAGCUACGCAGCGCAGCGAUGCCGGCCUCUACACGUGCUCAGCCAGGAACGCCGCGGGCAGAGCUAGCCAAGACGUCCGACUGUUUAUACAGGUACCACCCAUGAUUCCUGGUGGUCAGUCUGAGAUGUCGGUCAUCCAGGGUUUCCAGGCACUGUUACCAUGUGUGGCUCAGGGUCUGCCAGAGCCGAAGGUGCAGUGGAAGAGGGAUGGUACAGCAAUACCCGACCUGCCAGGCAAAUUCACUGUGCUCCGGUCAGGAGAGUUGAUCAUCGAAAGGGCAGAGCCUGGAGAUGCCGGUGUGUUCACAUGUGUAGCCACCAACCCUGCAGGCUCUGCUCACCACAGUGUCCACCUGGCCGUCAACAUGAGACCAGCCUUCAAGGAGUUACCAGGUGACAUGACCCUGAAUGUGGGUCAGAGUCUCACCUUGUCCUGUCACGCUCAGGGGACACCUUCGCCUACAGUAACAUGGACAGUCAACAGCCACCCCUACACAGGUGCCACUGUGGACGAGUCUGGUAGGAGUUCUCUGCUGAUUGAGAAUGUAACAGUUAGUGAUGCUGGCACCUACGUUUGUGCUGCGGAAAACACUGUUGGCACCGUUAAAGCUCUCUCGUUCGUCCGUGUCACAGAGCCCCCUAUACUGAGAGGUGAGGCCCACCUGUCUCAGACGGUGUCCCGUGGUGGGCUGGCUGUGUUGGACUGUCCUGUAAGAGGAAACCCAGUUCCAGUGCUACGAUGGCACAAAGACAAUAGCCCUCUGCUGGGUUCUGAGCGGUUCCACCCUCUUCGCAAUGGCUCUCUAGCUAUAUACGGGGCCAUGAGUGGGGACUCGGGAGUGUACCGCUGUGUGGCUGAAAGUGAGGCUGGCAUUGCAGAGAGGACCAUCUCUCUGAAAGUUAAAGUUCCAGGAGGAUUCUCAAACUGGGCAGACUGGGGGCCGUGCAGUGUCACCUGUGGGCGGGGAAUCCAGGAGCGAUUCAGAUCAUGCACCAACCCGCUACCAACUGAUGGAGGCCCACUUUGCGAAGGUCCAAAUGUGGAUGUUAGGGAAUGCCAGACAUCGUUAUGUUCAGGUGAGACCCCUCGGAGGGCCCGAGGCAGUCUGAUAGGGAUAGUGAAUGAUCAAGAGUUUGGAGUGGCUUUCCUUGAAGUCAACAUCACUGAGAACUUGGAGCAGGGCACCAGCAACCUGCAAGCCCAUGUGGACAACAUUCCUCCCAGUGUGGGCCCUCUGAUGCGAGUUCUUGUAUCUGUAUUUGCUCCCGUCUACUGGACCACCGUGUUGCAGACAGCAGAAACACAAAACGGGUUCUCUGUCAGUCAUGGUCACUUCAGACAGGAGUCUCAGCUGGAGUUUGAGACCGGAGAGAUCCUAAAAUUGACACAUGUGGCCAGAGGAGUGGAUGCAGAAGGUGUCCUGCUGGUGGACAUGGUCAUCAAUGGUUUUAUUCCAUCAUCACUGUCAUCUUCUUGGCUCAGUCUUCAGGACUUUGAUGAGUCAUACGUUCAGACAGGCUCCGGGCAGCUUUAUGCCUGGUCCUCACAAAACCACCUGCAGGACGGUGUCCCGGUGACCCUGCGUUGUAAUCACUCUCUGCUGUACGAAGGCCCUGCAGAGCGCCAUGGGGCUUUGCUGCAGUUGGUCAGACUGACGGACAUCAGCGGGACCUACAGUCUCUUUAGCCUUAGCCUACAUUUCCAGAUGACCGCGUCACUGGUCGUGCCAGAGGGUGGUGGAGAGACAUGCCCGAAAGGAUUCGUCUUGGACACGGCCUCAUACUGUGCUGAUGAGGACGAAUGCGCUGUGGACUCUGGCUGUUCUCACUCCUGCACCAACAUCAUGGGUGGCUUUACCUGCACCUGCCCCUCCGGCUUCAGCAUCUCCACCCACUCCAACACCUGCCAAGAUAUAGACGAGUGCGCUGAAGGGUCACACAUGUGCCACUCAAAUCAGCAGUGUGUGAACACAGUGGGCCGGUAUCGCUGUCAGGCGCAGUGUGGCCCUGGAUUCAAACCCAGCUCAGCCGGCAGCAGCUGUGAAGAUGUGGAUGAGUGCCAGGAGUCUUCAGUCUCUCCCUGCCAGCAUCAGUGCUUCAACACACUUGGCUCCUUCCGCUGCGCCUGCCGUCCAGGCUAUCAGCUGGUGGGACAUCGAUGUCUUGAUGUAAAUGAAUGUUUGCAGAGUGUGUGUCCAGUUAAUCAGCAGUGCAGAAACACAGAAGGAGGAUAUCAGUGUUUUGAAAGUUGUCCAGCAGGCAUGACGCAGUCGGAGAGCGGCGUGUGUACAGACGUAGACGAGUGUGAGGACGGCAGCCACGCGUGUCGUUACAGUCAGAUCUGCCAAAACACGCUCGGUGGGUACACAUGCGUGUGUCCAAGGGGCUUCCGCUCUCAGGGCGUCGGCCGACCGUGUGCAGACAUUGAUGAAUGUGUCCAGACACCCAGCCCCUGUGCCUAUCAGUGUCGGAACGUGCCCGGCAGUUUCCGUUGCGUGUGUCCACCAGGCACCGUGUUGCUAGGCGACGGCCGUUCCUGCGCUGGCCUAGAGAGGGGGCGCAUCGUUACCAAUGGCACCAGGUUCCACACCAGACUGAGGCCGCAGCUGGUGUCCACUCUUGGCCGACCGUUCCUGACCCAGUUCCAGGCUGAGCGUCAGGGACCCUUGCAUGGUCCGAGGAACAGCUGCCCCACAGGCUUCACCAACAAGGACGGCACCUGUGUGGAUGUUGAUGAAUGUGUGUUCAGAAAGCCCUGCCAACAUGAAUGUAGAAACACAGCUGGAAGUUUCCAGUGUUUGUGUCCUUCAGGAUACCAACUCUUACCCAACGGUCGAACCUGCCAAGAUAUUGAUGAAUGUACUGAAAAGAGGGUUCAGUGUGGACCGAACCAAAUGUGCUUUAACAAACGGGGGGGCUACCAGUGUUUGGACACUCCCUGCCCUGCCAGCUACCAGAGAGGGGGCAGUCCUGGGACCUGUUAUAGACCGUGCUCUCCAAACUGUGCCGCCGGAGCUUCUCCCCUCCUUCUCCAAUACAAGCUCCUGACUCUUCCCCUCGGAAUCCCAGCACAGCACAACGUGAUCCGUCUUACAGCGUUUUCUGAGGCUGGUGUCCUGCAGGAACGCACAUCUUUCACCAUCCUAGAACAAGGAGGUGAGAUCGAAGACCAGCCGUUUGGAAUUAAGGAUGAGGCUGGAAGAGGCAUCAUCUUCACCAUGCGUACUUUAGACCAUCCCGGCCUGGUCAGGCUGCGAGUACAAGCAACCACACUGUCCGAGCAUGGCCGCAUCACAUACCAGAGUAUAUUCAUCAUUUACAUUUCCAUCUCCAUGUACCCCUACUGACCUCAGUUCAGCAGCACUGAGAUGCCGCCGAGUGCUGAGAGGAACAUUGAUGGUCUCCUGAGCUCAACUCUGGUGAUCCACUCAUCGGCAGAAGGGAAAACUUUUUGGCUGAAUGGAUUUGAUCCCUACAUGAACAUUUGCAGCAGGAACUUGGGAAUGUGCUCUCAGACAAAUGCAGUAUUACCCUGGACCACCAGACAUGUUUACAGUUUGCUACAAUAAAGACCACUCUGACCAUUCCUUUUACUUACUGUCCACUGCAAAUGAAUGUGAUCUUAAAGUUUAAAAAGCAUUUGUUUCACUCGGAAACUUAGACUGAGCUGUUCGUCUUGGUUACAAAUCAUAAUUUACACAUUUUGACAUUUUGCAGCCUCCAUUUAAAAACUGCCGAAGACAGAAAUUAGAACUAAACUAACUUCCUUCACGAGACUGCUUUCUGUUCCUGUUUCAGACGGAUGGUGUUAAUUAACUGCAGCAUUCAAAUCUUAAUGUUCACAAAAGCUUCAUUCACAGGUAGAAAACUGUAGAAUUUUAUGGCAAAACAAAUGAGAAUAGAAGAGCUGAGCGUCAGAUCAGAUCAGUCUGCUGUUGUAGAAUCUUGACGAUGUGGAAAACGAGGGUGGAUGAGUGACUGAUUUCAUCAGGAAAACGCUGCAGAUCUCAGUUCUGACAAUACAAAUAAAACGCCUGAAGAUCUGCACUAAAAAAAAUGAGACCUGCUGCUCGUAACGGGGGGAUUGUUCAUAACCCUCUCCCAGCUGCAGGACCCUCCACCCCUGUUUCUUCCCCAAGUUAAAAACUCUUCAAAUGUACAUGAUUCCUGUGACAUUUAUCAUUUGAACAAUACAAGUCAGCAAAAGGGAUUGCUUUGUUUAAUGGUUUGAAUGUAAUUAAUGUAAUUCUGCUGGUAAUCACUGUUUCUAUAAUGUACUUUUUUGUAUCCUUGUUAUGCAACGCUUGUACAUGUAUUCCUUUACUACCCUACCCUGUUCCUGACACACUGGUUAUUAAUAAUAGUUUAUUAGGGCUGAUUUAUAUCAUAACUUUUUUUUGUACAAUGUUUUGCUGGUUAUAAUCAAAAAGCCCAAAAUAUUUUUAUUUACUAAUUAAAAGGACUUUGACGGUGUAGCAUUGUAUCAAAUUCUUCUACAAAUAAAAUGGAUGACCAGUAUUUGUAAUCA